AGUUUGAAGCCAUGACUUACCUCGAGUCGAGUUCUACAGCACACAAAACCAACACAUCAAGUUCUAACAAUAAGUACACGAGUCAUCACGUGCCAAUCCACGUCACAGAAAGAGUAGACUGGGGGGGUGGGUGGGGGGUAUCCCCCUCUUCACUUACUAAAAAAAAUAAAAAAUGGCGGGAAAAAUACGUUAUAAAUUCAACCGUAAAAGUGACUGUUCUUCACACCUCCUUGGUAAUGUAUCUACUCCAUUUUUAUUUUGUUCUCGUUUCGAUUACAAUGACUGAUGAAUUGGACUUCGAUUGGAGCGACGAGGAAGAUAACCUCCUUCUCGCAAAUCAUGCCCAUGAAGUGGAAAACGGAUUCGACUUUGUUUUGACUCCUCAUCUAGACAGACGAGUGAGACAUCUAGGAGCGAGGCAUCGAAAUUACACCGGAAGGUUGGUCCAACAUGGAGGAGCCCUUGAUUUCAAUGCCUUCAUUCAGAGAAUUCUACCCAAUCAAUUAGAAGAAGCCGUCAGACGUAGUAUAGAACAACAAGUCUUAAACGAUCCAGAAGUUAAAGCCGACGAUUAUUUGUAUGUCAACCUCAAUUCUAAUCGACUUCAUCACGGCUACCAUUCUCCACGCAUGAGAGUGAGUGACUGGACCAGAAGUAGUUUGAGAGCAGAAGAAAUGAUGCAACAGAUUUCGGCCAUGCUUAACUCAAAUGAAAAUUUUCAAUUAGACGAUAGUUUCUCUGUCAACAUUUCUCACAUUCGCAGUCCCGGAAACGGUGGAGGAAAAAGAAUUCGAAAAGGACAAUUGGCUAUCGAAAAGAUGUUAGAUCUCAAGAGAAGUGUGGUGAAGAUUAACAACCAAGACGAAUUGUGUUGUGCCAGAGCCAUAGUCACCAUGAUGUCACACGCUGACCUCGGAACAAAGCAUCCCGAUUACGUCAAUCUCAGAAAAGGUCUCCCAAUUCAAGAAAAAAAAGCCAGGGCCCUACACGAAGCUGCAAAAGUCCCGAUAGCGAGCUGUGGCAUACCCGAAAUCAUGAAGUUCCAAGAGGUUUUACCCGAUCACAGAUUGGUCGUACUCUCCGUCGAUCAAAAUUACAGGAUCAUUUACAAGGGUCCCUACCAACCUCAUCGAAAAGACAUCAUUCUCAUCAAAGUAGGAGAACAUUAUCACGCAUGUACCUCCCUGAAAGCUUUCAUGGGAAGAAAUCAUUUCUGUUUGAUAUGCGAGAAAGGCUACGAUCACGACGACAUGAAAUCCCACAAGUGCAAUGGAAGAAAAUGUGGAUCCUAUUUUCAAAUCGAGUGUGAAGACUAUCACAAAGUUCAAAAGGGAGAGCGGGCCACCUACAAGUGUGGAAGAUGUCAACGAAAAUUCUUAGGAACCCAUUGCUUGAGUAACCACACCAAAUUCAGUGAAGAAAACGGAAAAGAAGCAAACGAAACACGUAAAAGUGUAUGUAGCAGCAAAAGAAAAUGCAGCAAGUGUAUGCGAUUGCUUCGUCCCCGUGAAACCACAUCAAACCAUGUCUGCGGAACCAAUGAAUGCCCCUCUUGUAAAGAGUUCAAGAACCUGGACCACCAUCAAUGCUUCAUUCAAAAUCCCACCAAGCUAAAAGAAAAAAUGAAGAAACUCAAGAAGACUCGUCUAAAGAGAAAAAGCGAUGGUUCAAGAUCGAUUGAAGAAAGACCUCACAUAUUUGUCUACUGGGACAGUGAAACCAUGCAAGACACGGGUGUUCACAUUCCCAAUUUAGUGUGUGCUGCCACUUCCAACACCGAAGAGUUGUUCAAUUUCGAAGGGGAAACCUGCAUCGCUGACUUCAUCGAUUGGUUGAGAGAACUGUCCUUGGACUGUAGACUAACGGUCAUUGCUCACAAUUCUCAAGGCUUCGAUGCUUACCUCGUACUUGACGAAUUAUUCAAACAGUACGUUGGAGUAGAUCAAAUAGUCAAUGGAGCCAAGAUAAUUUCUUUGAGUUUCAAUGGUGGUGACAUUGAAUUAAAAGACUCGCUCUGUUUCUUUCAAAUGCCUCUUGCCUCUUUUCCAAAAGCCUUUGGACUGAAAGAGAAGAAGAAAGGUUUCUUCCCCCACUUCUUCAACACCCCAGAAAACCAAGAGUACGUGGGUCCAUUGCCAGACAAAAAGUAUUACGAUCCAAAAGGAAUGUCUCCAAACAGAGCCAAAGAGUUUAAUCAAUGGUACGAAAACCUCUCCAAGGAUCCAAAUUACCAAUUCAACUUUCAAGAAGAACUGUUGAGUUAUUGUCAAUCCGACGUACUACUACUGAAGGGCGGAUGUGAAGUCUUUUGUCGAGAAUUCGAAGAAAUCAGUGGUUUCAACCCUCUUGAGAGAUGCCUGACCAUCGCUUCGGCGUGUAAUCUUUACUAUCGAAAGACUCACAUGCUAGAGAGAAGCACUGCCUCAGAACCGAUAAGCGGAUGGCACGGACAAGAUAAACCUCACUCCAAGGCUAGUAUCGAGUGGUUGACCUGGCUCAACACAAGACCCCAUCACAACAUACAACAUGGAAGAAACGGUGGUGAAUAUGUCAUUAAAGACGGUCCUCACAAAUACUACGUGGACGGUUACGAUCCCAUCACCAAUGUCGUGUACGAAUUUAACGGCUGUUAUUGGCACGGUUGUCCAAAAUGUUACCCUAACCGAGACGAACAAAGCGAAAAGAUGGGAGAAAGAACAAUGGCUGAUGUUUACGAAAACCAAGAGGCAAAAGAGCAACUCUUAUUUCUGAAAGGUCACUCAGUACAAGUGAUAUGGGAGUGUGAAUGGAAGAAGAAGAAAGAAGAGGACAAGUCCAUUCAAGAAGUGGUGGAUUCUUUCCAGAUCAUUGACAGACUGAAGCCUCGUGACGCCUUUUUUGGAGGUAGAACCAAUGCCGUGAAACUGUUUCACGAGAUAAAAAACGGCGAGAAAAUAUGGUAUGUCGAUUUCACGUCUCUUUAUCCCUGGGUAAACAAGAACAUGAUCUACCCAGUCGGACAUCCAACUAUCGUUCUCGAACCUGGGGUCACAGACCUAAGCGACUACUUUGGAUUAGCUCAAUGCACCGUCUUACCACCGACAGAAUUGUAUCAUCCUGUUCUUCCUCAUCGAAGUGGAGGAAAAUUGACAUUUCCCCUGUGCAGAAAAUGUGUGGAAACAGAACAACCCAAACCAUUGACAGAGCGCAGUUACCAAUGUGUACACAGUGACAAAGAAAGAUGUCUCACCAGAACUUGGUGCACUCCAGAAUUGAUGGAGGCUGUCAAACAAGGUUAUGUGAUACAGCACGUACAUGAAGUCUGGCAUUUCAGUUUGACGAGCGAUGACAUGUUCACCUCCUACGUAAACACCUUUCUAAAAAUAAAGCAAGAAGCCAGCGGAUGGCCAGAAUGGGUCGGUAACGACAGCCAAAAAAGUAUUGAGUACGUGGAAAACUACGAAAAAAAUGAAGGAAUCAAAUUAGAAAUCGACAAGAUUCAAAAAAAUCCCAGAAGAAGAUCAUUAGCCAAAAUGAUGCUCAACAGCUUCUGGGGAAAAUAUGGUCAACAAGGCAACAAAAGUCAAGUGGUUGCAAUCACGCAACCCUCACGUCUGUACGAAACCAUCGAAGACGACAAAAAAAUAAUUCAAGCCUUCAGGAUUAUGAAUGAUGAAAUGGUAGAAAUCGUUUACAAAAAUGUCGACGACGAAGAGAGAAUUCAACCCAACACUAACAUCUUCAUUGCCUAUUUCACAACGUGUUGGGCGCGAUUAAAGUUAUAUCAAGACGGUCUGAGUAAAUUAAAUCCACAACAAGUUCUUUACUUUGAUACCGAUUCCAUCAUAUACUCACAGAAAGAAGGGCAACCAACUCUUACCUUGGGUGAUUACCUCGGUGAAUUCACCAAUGAACUGUCCGAAGACUAUCACAUCGUAGAAUUUGCAUCUGCUGGACCAAAGAACUAUGGUUAUGUGACAAAGAAAAGCAAGGUCGAAUGCAAAGUACGUGGAUUCACACUCAACACUCGUGGACAAGAACAAUUAAACUAUGAAAUAUUAAAACAAAAUGUCAUUUCCGAAGUCACUUCUCCUAAAAGAAAUGAAUCCACUGGAGAAUGUGUUCCCAGAAAGAUUCCCAUUGUAAAUCCUCACAAGAUCGGUCGGGAUCCUGAAACAAAACAAUUGACCACAAGCGAACAGAUCAAAAAUUAUCGAGUUGUGUUCGACAAACGCGUCGUUGACCCAGACACAUUCUUUUCAUACCCUUACGGCUUCAAAAAAGCUGUCUUAGAUGAAGAUGACAUUGACAUGGCCCUUCUUUUAAGUGAUUUUGAUUAAAAGUUCUGCGUAUACCAGAGACUGAGAGAAACACUUUUAGGAAACAGUGAACACUUUUAGGAAAUAGAUUAUGGAGAAGUUGUGACGUAGCCCAUUGUUCUCUAUUAAAAGUCACGUGUAAAAUCCGAGUGUUGUGAUUGGUUGAUAUGUGUCACGUGUGCUAAAUGGGGCUUUCUCAUUGGUUAGUGAGUGUAUAUCGCUGUGCUAUACUACUCAUAUAGUUUGACUCUAACAGACCCUCAGCCGUGAUUGUAGUCUUUGAAAAAUUGGACUGCUUAUUUAUUCAAAAUUGCACAAAAACUCAUUUGAUGACCUGUUAAUAAUUUUUUACGGGUUAGUACCCUAAAGAGUACCACAAAACCUUCCGCUGUGGACCUUAUAAGGCUUAACACCCUAAGAGGUACCAAAAUAGCUUUCUAAACCCCUGAAAGGUACGAUGAGCACCCCCGUCUUUAUGUAUGGGGAUCCCCCUAGGUGUGGUCAUGAAACUAUACGGAGCCACCUUGAACAAAACUCAAAGAUUGGUGAAAAUUUCAGACUGCUAAGCAUUGAAACAAGUGAAGACUGUUCCCUUAUAGAGAAGAUGUGAAUAUAGGCUCCUUUUGAAAUGAUGAAACUAAAGAACCCUUUGCUUCAGCAGCCAAUAGUUCUCUGGUUAGUGAUAGGUGAUGUAACUGUAACAAUUGGUAACAAUUUAUCUAACGUCAACACAGGGAGUAAUGGCCCAAUCUCCUGAGCUGGACGCUCAUGAUAUGAGUGCUCCACAGAAAAAAAAGAGAAAACUACUUAAGCACAAAAGUAUUGUGAAUAUAUAUGAUAAUACUAACAACUACAAUUAAUUUAUAUAGGCAUAAAAAAAUAAAUAAAUAAAAAGGUACGUUAAUAAUUUUAUCUAAUGACCCUGACCAUAACUAAGAUAUGCAGCUGUUGCACUGGCAGCCUGCUAAGUCAGACAGAAUUUUUGAUUUCCAAAAUUGUGAAAGUGAAGAGGAAGACUUAGCAGCUAAAUAUAACUGGUUCCAAACACCCAACAUAGUCAAUGGAACCCAAUCGAACUGAAUUUCAAUCAAACUCAAUUUGUGGAUCAAGUGUGAUUGCAUUCAGCAAUCGAACCAAAUUGAACUAGCACAAAAAAAUUGGGCAAUCGAACUCAAUUGAACGUUUGAUUUCUGAAUUCUUGAUUUUUAUAAAACUGGUGUUGAAAUCAGUAAGGCUGAAGGUACUUCAGUAUAACACAUGUUCUUCCUAACUGCAGACAUCCCGGAAAAAUGGCUUCAGAUGCACUUUGAGUCAUUAGCUUUAAAUGCAUAGUGAAAGGAUACCAAGGGUGCUACUUUGAUACAAAGAAGAGCAAAAAUUUUAAAAUUUUAAAGAAAAUAGGCCAGAAAGGCUGUGCUUUUUUUACAAUUAGGUCACCUUCAACGUGAACUGGUUGCAUCCUUGUGGCUUGUAAAUGCUUUGAUUACUUGGCAAGUGAAGAUGUUUGUACUUGUAGUGAAAUUCAAGAAGAGAUGCCACCAGAAUAUACCGUUAGUAUAUAAAUUUGCCUCAAGAAAUCAUUGUGUAAGGAAAACAGGGAAAGUUGUCAUUUUUCAAUAGCAAGUUAACUUACUGGAUGUAAAUACAAGGGGUAUAUGUUAGCUUUGUCCUUAUCUGUUCUUUUUUUUAAAGUGCUGAGGACAGUUAUAUUUUUGUUAUCUAAUAUUCAGUAAUAAAAGAAAUACUUGUUUACAAUGAGCUUGUUUCGUAUGAAGGUUUACCAGAGCUUGCGCACAGUAACCAAGUGGCAGUGAGGUGCAGGAUUGCGGCUUAUCAAAAUACCUUGAUAGAAUAUCUUUAGUAUGACAAUUGAUAUUUUGUACCGUCAUUCUGAAGGUUACUUUAUGCUCUGUUAUGAGGAGGGAUUUUGAGUAGAGUGGGGCUGUUUGCCUUUGCUACAGCAAAUGUUUCUUUUAGAGGUCAAAGGCAUGGUUUCUGGUAUGUCGCUUCCCAGAGUUUGACAAAGUUCUAUCAGCUUAAAAUUUCUUUAGGUUCAUUUCAGUAUUGCAAAAUGUGUUUUAAGCUCUCUAGGUAUUGACUCUGUGGGGACGAAGUUUGAAAUAUUCCAUGAACAUGUUGCUUACUUGCUCUCUACAAUAAUAUGAUGCCAGGCCUGGUGAUUUGAUUAGAUCAAUUAGAAUAAUCAUCGCUUGCAAAUACAGAAAAUGUACCUUCUUGACAGGUCUAAUUGCCUGAUUGACUGACUUGUUACGGGCCAAUCACCUCGGGGCAGAUAGGCACAUCAAAAACAAAGUCUACAGGCUCCCCUGUCUCAUCCUGAUUGCUUCCUUCUCUGAAUUCUUCAGUUUUGCACUCACCAAAUUUUUUUCCAUCCUCGCUGGGAGCCUGCUCGCAGGUUAUUGUUUGUUAGUAUAACUUUACUAGUGAUCUAUCACGGAUGCUGUUCUCUGAUUGUAGAUUAGAUCACGGAUUCUGAUUCUCUGAUUAAUAAUCUCAAACUCAUAAUCUAAUUGUUUAAUAUAUCAUGAUAAUUU